CGCGCCGGGCCAGGAGGAACUAAAGAUGCCCCGCGCGUUCCUGGUGAAGAAGCCAUGCGUCUCCACGUGCAAGAGGAACUGGAGCGAGCUCCCGGACGAAGAGCGCGGCGAGAUCUACGUGCCAGUCAGCCUCGGCUUCUGCCCACCACAGCCCUACCGGGAACCAGAGGCAUCGGUGGCCGAGCCUCCUUCCUGUCCCCUGGCUUUGGACAUGAGCCUUCGAGACUCCAGCUAUAGUGUGGCUCCAGGGCCCUGCGUGGUGGCCCAGCUACCCUCUGAAGAUGUGAGCCAUCUGACAGAUCCCCAGAGCAGAGACCAGGGCUUUCUACGAACCAAGAUGAAGGUGACCUUGGGGGACAGUCCAAAUGGAGACCUUUUUACCUGUCACAUCUGCCAGAAGUCCUUCACCCACCAGCGUAUGCUGAAUCGACACAUGAAGUGUCACAACGACGUCAAGAGACACCUCUGCACUUACUGUGGGAAGGGCUUCAAUGACACCUUUGACCUCAAGAGACAUGUCCGAACCCACACUGGUGUGCGGCCCUACAAGUGCAGUCUGUGUGACAAGGCCUUCACUCAGCGCUGCUCUCUGGAGUCCCACCUCAAGAAGAUCCACGGCGUGCAGCAGAAGUAUGCAUACAAGGAGCGCCGGGCCAAGCUCUAUGUGUGUGAGGAGUGCGGCUGCACAUCCGAGAGUCAGGAGGGUCAUGUCCUGCACCUCAAGGAACGCCACCCUGACAGCCCACUGCUGCGCAAGACCUCCAAGAAAGUGGCUGUGGCUCUGCAGAACACGGUCACUUCCCUGCUGCAGGGCAGCCCCCAUCUCUGAGCAGCACAGACCCUGGGAAGGACCAGGUUCACUUCCCUGCUGCCCAGCCAUUCACCUUCCUGCAACCUCUUGCUAGAACACCAGUGACAGAGACCAGCACUCUAACGCCUCACUCCAGGCACACUUGCACAAUUGGGCACUGACUUCUGCUCUGUUUGGGGAGUCUGUCUUACAGGCAGAGCGCACUCUGAGCUUGGGACCAUGGGUGUCUGUGUCCCAGCAGGAGUGAGGCCAAGUGAGCAAGAAAAGCCACUUACAGAGACAGGUCCUGUUUUCUUGCAGCAAAACUUUGCAGAUGUGCUGAGAGGGGAUCCCGAGUACAAGAUGGGCAAUGGAUCUCCCUGGAGAGCAGGAUAGAGACACCAGUAAAGAGCAUCCCGGCAAACAACCUCAGCGGUGCUGGCAGCAGCCCUCGUGCCUGUGGGGCUAACUCUCAGGGUUCCAAGGGCUCUCCGCCCUUUCAUCAGAGACCCACAUGUGAACAGCCGUGUGCAUGUUUGUGUGUGUGUCACACUGCUCUGUGUGUGAUUUCUUCACAUGUGCGCUCUUGGUCUUUCCACUUAUCGCCUCGUUCGUAAGAAAGGUGCCAAGGAGGUUUUAUUCCUUUUUUUUUUUUUUUUUAAGAUGACAAAUGUACAGAUGUUAAUGUACAGAUGUUAGUACAGAUGUUAAUAUAUUUUUGGUGCCCACAGUAAGACUCAUGGGGGGAGCUGGCUUUUCUCCGCCCCCACUGGUUCUAUUGAUCCUGGACAUUUCAAACCUCCUCUGUGCCUUGGUCCUGGGGUGGUUAUGCAGACCCACCCUAUUCUCUGAGAUGUUUCCUUAAAGACCUUCCCCCUGCUUUGCCCAGAGAUGGACUGUUCCUCCUGUCCUUCCCGGGAUAGCGCCUCUCCUCUUUCUUCCCUCCCUGGCUCCACAUCCUUCUCAGGGCCCCAGUUUUCCUGCUAAACCUGAUGACACUGACUGCUCGGGUGUGGCCCGAGGCUGACAGUGGGUCCUACUGGUGCUCGUCAAGCAAAUGGGAUGGCGAUGGCGAUUCGACACCAAGUCUAAGCCCACAUCUGGAGUACUAAGGCAAGGGCAAGAACAGGCUGGGAGUCUAGGUGUUUUUCUUCGCUAAGUUCACAAAAUUUGAGGCAGAAUUAUAACCCACAUACCAGAAACUUUGAGAGGCUAAUAAAACUUCUCUGUUGUCUUACUUCUGUUUUCCAAAUGCCUUUGAACCGAGUGGCUCCUCUGAGGGAGGGGGUCUUUGUCCACUGGUGUGUCUGGGUAUCCUGCUGAGACCAAAAAGGGCUGUGGGUCAAAAGGGUGUAUGUCUCGUGCAUCCGAGGAGUUAUAGCCAACCUGAAGAGAGUGAGAGACUGAGCCCUAAGACAUGCCUGGAACAUGACAGGCUGGGAAGCCCCUGAAUGCCAAACAGUCCCACCUCCCCCAGCUUACUGAUGUCGUAAGCACACAGGUGCAGGAUCUGACCCCAGCCAUGGGCUCACUCGAGAGAAAGAAAUCUUCCUAGACUAGCUCUGAGCUAAGCAUUGACUGAUCUGAAGGCUUGUUGCAUUUUUUCUUAUCGUGUCUGGGCUGCUGCACUCUGAAUGUAAGAACUCACCUUGUCCGGAAGCACUGUGUUGGCAUCUUUGUGUCUGAAAGCUCGUUGCCAAUCCGGGGCCAUCAUAAGCUUUGUGCUGUCUGUCUUGUUUUAUAAGCACCCG